AUGGCUGAAGAACACGAAGCAAACCACAUUCCCACAGCAGCUGACGAUCUUGCAGAAAUUGAUGAAGUAGUUGCAGAUGCCUUUGAAGAAAAUAUUGAAGAGGAAGAGGACAUCGGAGGAGAAGAGUUACCCAAUUCAACAAAUGAAAUUUCCCUCCAGGAUCAUCUCGUGAUGAAUCAAGAUGCUCUCCUCAAGGCAUUGGAUAACUACUCUGAAUAUAAGAGAAGAGUCAAUGCAUCCGAAAAGCAGUUGGAAGGAGAAGCAUUGGAAGAAGCACUCACAUUCUUGGAUGAAGCCAUUGAGAUUUUCGGGAAUCAAAUCGUGCGAGAUCGUGAAGAACAAUUUGGCGAGAGCUCGGUGGAGUGUGGAGAAAUUCUCAUUCCCUAUGCAGAAAUGUUGAUUGCUCGUGGUAAAUAUCAAGCCGAUAAUUUGGUGUCCAAACAAGUGACAAGCGCCAUCAAAAAACGAAAAAUGAAAGAACAAGGCUACUCUGAAGAUGAAGAAUUUGAAGAAGAAGAGGAAGAAGAUUGUUUUGAAGUUGCUUGGGGAGUAUUGGAGUUGGCUCGUGUCUCAAUGUUGAGAUAUCUUGUGAGUGGUAAUGUCUCAUCGCCAAGUGAAAUGCAACUCAAUUAUCGAAUGAAACUUGCUCGUGUUCACUCUUUAUUGGGAGAAUUGAGCGCUGAAACCGACAUGUUUUCACAAGCUGUACUUGAAUAUAGAAAAGCUUUACAAAUUUAUGAAAAAGCUUUGGAAGAAUCGGAUGACAUUGGUUUUAAUUUAUUUAGACUUGCAGCAAACAUUUUCCACAAGAGAGAUGAUUUUAAGGUUGACUUGUUACAAAAAAUCGCUGAGGCCAAUUUAGAGAUUGCAAAUUGUCUUACAACGGACGGUAUUGAGGGCGAAGAGGUGUUGGAAUUGUAUGAAAAAGCAGAGAAGGCUCUUCAACAAUCGGUGGAAUUGCGACAAAAAGCCAUUGAAAAUGACAAGUCUAUUGUGUCAGAUUUGAAUGAACGAAUUGUGGAAAUGAGAAAUACUAUAAUUCAAGCCAAACAAGGAGGAAUUCCAUCACCAGAGAGAAUUGAUGCACGCAAGCUCUUCUCAGAGGUCAUUACGAAUCGAAUGGGAAGCACUCAACUAGGUUUUUCGAAUAGUAGGACCAACACUGGAAGCUCCUCAUCACACGAAGAACAAAGCGAAGUACACAUUUUACAACCAAGAAAGAGAAAACUGGAUCAGAGCUCAGUAGUUGAAGAUUCUACUGCCACCUCUUCUUCGGAUACCAAGAAAACUAAGCAAUAA